UCACACCACAGUCCACACUGCCAUCACAACUCACAAGUGACCAUCUCUCUAACAAGCAAACCCAUGCACACAGCUGAUGGGCAACAUGCUAACAUGCUUGGCCAAUUAUUCCACAGCCACUUCAACCAUGAACACCACCAUCCGGCCACAGAAUUCUCACUGCUCCAUCGAGCUUCUUCUCACAAAAACCAUCCACAUCAUGAAGCGGCGGCGCCGACGACGGCGCCGCAAUAACAACAAGGAGACACCACCGGUAGGAGAUCGCCGGAGAGCGCCGCCGCAGAGCGCCAUGGCCACCCCAAGAGCUCUGUUUCUUCAGAGGAAGAUUCGUGAUGGCAGCGAGAAGAAGCAAUUACCUGCAGCAGCAGGCGUCGUCAGGGUCAAGGUCGUCCUGACGAGGAAACAAGCGGCGCGGCUCGUCUCCCUCGCCGGCGAGGGGAGGAGGAGGAGGACCGCCGCGCAGCUUGUCCGCGAGCUGAGGAGGAUGGAGGACGGCGCCGGCCGUGUCGAUGGCUCGCCGGCGACGGCGACGGCGACGGCGUGGAGGCCAGUGCUCGAGACCAUCUCCGAGGAGUGGUAAUAAUGUCAAAUGUAUUAUGUAUAAAUAAUGUGUGUUUGUGCAUGCUUGUACAGUGUGCAUGCCUGCAUGUUAGUUAUGUAGUAAGAUUCUUUUUUCUUUGUAUGGUUUGGUCGUCAAUUUAGGUUGGGUUCAGAGGUGAGGUAAACAGCACAAUAUCUACUAUCCCUCCCAUAUGUAUGUACCCAGAUUCGUGAGACAUAUUACAUGGUAAAUUGGUCAUGGACAGGUGGAUAUAAUGUUCAUCAUGCUGGGAGACGGAAAAAAUAAGAAACAAGAGGAUAUGUUGUCUACUUGUCUCGAAGAAUGAAAACACUUUCCCAUCA